AUGCGUCUCUCCAGCAUCAUCACCUUCCUCUCGUUGGCGGUUCUUCCUGCUACACUGGCUAGUCCGGUUGAUAAUCAGGAUUCAUCCAUUGCCAAACGCUGCUGUAUCCUCUGCGAUAACCCCUAUGCGCGAUGCGGAGCGAACGAUAAGCGUGAAGCUGUCCAGACAGAGGAGGAAGUGUUCCAAGGACAGGCGAAGCGGUGCUGCGUCAAUUGUGAUGUCAAUAGGUGUGGGAAUUAG